ACACAUCUUGCAUGAACCGUCAUUCACGUAAGGAUAACUCACGCAAAAUUGAAAUGUGCAAUUGUGCGUGGUUUCACCAACUGAAGAUUCUCACCAAAGUCGUGCAGCAGAGUGUGCAAUCUCGCAGAAUGCAACAAUGCCAACAUCAAGCUCUCCUCUUUGGCUCUUGCUGUUCCUAAGCAACCUCAUCACCACCCAUGAAGCCGCAGAGAUCAUCCCGAACGCCACCACGCCGUCGUGCCCGUCGUACCGGUGCGGCCACGCCGUCGACAUCCGGUACCCGUUCUGGAUCGACGACAACACGAGCGGCGGCGGCGCCUACUACUGCGGGUACCCGAGCCUGCGCCUGGAGUGCCGCCGCGACACGCCGGUGCUGGCGCUCCCGUCGGGGGAGUACGCCGUGACGCACAUCCUGUACGGCGACAGGACGGUGUCCCUGUUCGACCUCGGGGUGUUCUCCCGGUCGAACACCUGCCCGCUCGUCGGCCGCAACCUGUCCCUCCCGGCGGGGUCGCCGCUGUCGCUGACGGACAGGGACGCCAACCUCACCUUCUUCAUCCACUGCUCCUUCAUGGGCAUGCCGGCCCACCUCGUCGCCUGCCUCGAGGGCGACGGCCGCCACCACUCCUACGUCUUCCGCGACGGCGACGACCGCACGCCGUACGGGUACGCGGCGCUGUGCCAGGACGUCGUCGGCAUGCCGGUGCUCAGGCGGUCCCUCCUCGGAGGGAAUUACAGCAGCCCGCUCGACGCCGCCGUCGUGCCGGCGCUCAACAUGGGGUUCGAGCUCGGCUGGAGGCCACUGGAGGACGGCGAGUGCGGCGACUGCGAGAAGGCCGGCGGCUGGUGCGGCCACCGCCGGCGCGCGGCGCACGAGCCCUGGACCUUCGCGUGCUUCCGGACCGUGACAAUCACCGCGCGGGCUGAUACGAAAUCUCCAGGUACGCCCACUCGAGUACACGUAUACAUUGUUUGUUCCGUUUCGUGAUGUUUUGGGCCGGCCCAAGAAAGGCCAGGGUUUUUCCCAGCCCAAUAAUGAUAAAUCCCGUGACGUAGUAUACGCCUCUGUCGCCCAACCUUUAUUACGAAAUUUCACGCGUAAAGUGACGCGAUCAGGCGACCAGGUACA